GUCAGUCGAAUAUUAACCGUGACUUCGUGUGGAUGUACAUUCUUAAUUUUCCAUAAGAAAACAAAAAUACCGAGGAAUUAAAAAAACUCAGUCAAAUUUUCUGUCCAAAUCAAUUCUUACCUUUUUUUCGUUUGAUUUUCGUUUUGUUAUAAUUUUAUUUCAUUUUUUCCGAGUACGUGUUUUUUUCCUCGAUUUGUCUGUCAAUAAUAACCGCAGAAACCGAUAAAUUUGCCUGUUUAUACGUUCAAUCUCUUCUACAAAAUUCAUUAGUCGGUGGUGUGUCGCAUUUUAAUUUCGACAUUUUUUUGAGUUUCAAACGAUUUUCAGUGUACUCUAAAGAGACAAGAGAAGAAAAGCGGUACUUUUUGACAUCGUGAACGCGUUCUUCUUUUUCUAUUUCAUAUCGUACAAAAAACGAACGCAGAACUUUUUUUUUUCUUCCGUUUCCAUUUGCAAUAAAUCAAUGGAAAUCCAAAACGAAAACAAGUGCUGACAGACAUUUGUGCAAAACUCGGAUGACUUCAAUCGCCUAAAGUCGAUAAUUAUAUCAAAUACCCAGAUAAUUAGCGCACAUCUAAAUCGGACAACGAUUUUUUUUUUGUUGGUUUGACGUAUUCAAAAGUGCAUGUUAAAUUGUGAACAAAUUUGUGACUAUUUGUUUUUGCUUCAUACAUAUUUAAAUUGAAACUGAAUUUCCGUUCAAUUUUGACGGAUAAAACGCCAAGAAAACAAAGCGAGAAUUAGGACGUAAAAGUGAAAAAAAAACACAUACACACACACAAAGACAACAGACACAAUUCCGAGAGGCAGAGAAGGAAAAAUAGCAAAAUCGUUACAAUGGCUGAGAAUAAGAGUGGCAAAAAAGAAUUUUUAUCAUGUCGACAAGUGCUCAAUAUUAUGGUCAUAUUAGGCUUUAUGUUAAAUUAUGCGCUGCGUGUGAAUUUAACAAUUGCCAUUGUGGCAAUGGUCGACGAACCAAAGGGCACCUCAACACACGUCUCAAACUCAACCUCGCCACUCACCAUUAACGAUACAUAUUCGUAUAAGACUCAUGCAAAAGAGGAACUCACCUCAGCAUCACACACACUACUCACUACCGCAGCACCAGAACCAUUCCAAAACACUACUGAUAAACCAGCGACAGCCAAAGCAAGUGAUGGAUUUAAAUUCAAAUGGAACACCGUGGAGCAGAAUAUUAUUUUGGGCAGCUUCUUCUGGGGCUAUGUGCUGACAGAAUUACCAGGAGGCCGAUUGGCUGAAUUGAUCGGUGGACAUCGUGUCUUUGGUCACAGCAUGCUUUGGGCCAGUGUACUCACUCUGAUCACCCCAUGUGCAGCCUUCAUUGAUUACAAAGCCCUUGUUAUUGUUCGGGCACUGCUCGGUUUCAUGUUGGGUGCUUCAUGGCCAGCCAUUCAUCCGAUGACAGCUGUUUGGAUCCCUCCAGUCGAUCGAUCAAAAUUCAUGGCAAACAUGAUGGCUUCAUCACUUGGAGCCGCCGCCGCUAUGCCAAUUUGCGGAUUUCUAAUCGAAUACAUCAACUGGCAAUCAACAUUCUACUUCACAGGUGGUAUUGGUUUACUGUGGUCAAUUGUGUGGUUCUGGAUAAUUUUCGAAACACCAGCCGUGCAUCCACGCAUUUCGCCCGAGGAGCGAAAGGAGAUUGAAGAUGCAAUUGGAACCACAACAUCAAAGAAGAAGCCAACUUACGUUCCAUGGCGGAGUAUUUUGACAGCGCCCUGUGUCUGGGCCAUUAUUCUGACGCAUGGAACCUCAGUGUUCGGCUACUUUACCAUCGUGAAUCAAUUGCCAACAUACAUGAAAUACAUCCUACACUACGAUAUCAAAUCGAAUGGAUUGUUGUCAUCGUUGCCCUACUUGGGUAAAUACGUUAUGGCUGUGCUUGCAUCGGCAUUGGCCGAUCAUUUGCGUCGGACGGGCGCAUUGACGACAACUCAAACGCGCAAAAUAUUCACAACAUUUGCCACCAUGACGCCCGGUUUUUUGAUGAUCGUACAAGUGUUUUUGGGCUAUGAUCGUACAUGGUCUGUGAUAAUUUUCACCACACAACUCUUCCUCAAUGGCGCUGUGACGGCCGGUUAUUUGGGUAAUGGCCUUGAUAUCGCACCCAAUUUCUCUGGUACAAUCUUUGGUCUAGCAAAUACAUUGUCAUCGAUCGGAGGAUAUGUUAGUACCUUUAUGGUCGGUACACUGACAGCUGAUAACAACACGUACGGACAGUGGCAAAUUGUGUUUGGAAUUUUGGCUGCAUCGUACAUAUUCGGCUCGUUGGCUUUCUUAUUUAUGGGAACUGGUGAACUACAGCCAUGGAAUAACCCACCAGAACGAAUCAAUCGUCCAAUUCAUGACACGGAAGAAGCACUUCCAUUGAAGAAAGACAAUGUUAUCACGUCAACUAAAUAACAACCCAGCUAAUGGCAGCAAACCAACAAAAACAUACAACAAAUAAGACAAUACGCUUUUUUUGGUAUUAGAAACCAAAUACCAGACAUCUAACACAGACGAAAAGCAAAGACAAAACCCUUUUUAGUAAAUUGUGUCAUUCGAUUGGCACAAUUUCGAUUUGUAUACAAUCUAAAAUCGUGAUUCCGAUUCACAACGGACGUUGGAUAGAAACGAAAAUGUGGAGAAAUUUUAUUGCUUGAAAAUCCAGCGAGAGUGAGCGUUCGCGUCUAUUCGAUGGAACGGCCAACCGUACCUUUUAUCAGAUAUGUAUGUGUAUCUUUGAUUUUAGUUCUCAUCCCUAUCAGCGAUCGCAUAAUAUGACUUUUACAAUGCUGUUUUUUCAUUGUACAAAUAGAAAAAUGAGAAAAUUUAUAUAAUUUGAACCGGUAAAAUUGACGACGUUAUUUUAAAUGUAAUAACAGUAUUUUUGUAUUUUAAAUGGAAGAUUGUAUUAUGGCGCCUGAAAAGUGAUUAAAUGCAUGUUAUAAUACUAUUUAAUAAUAAUCAAUGAACAACAAACAAAAAAAAUCAGAAAAAAAUGUAAUAGAAAAAUGGGCAGCAAAUAAUUCUUGUUUCAGUAGAAGAAAAAAAAUAUCUUAUCACACAGUGCGAUUAGAAUACGUAUACCAUCGGAUUGAGAACAAUGACUGACUACCUCGAAGUACACUCAUUUUAUGUGUAAACAAUGUCUUUGUCUAAUUGAAUGGUACAAAAAAAAAUGAGUAAAAAAUUAUGAAAAUAGAAGAAGAAGAAAAAAACAA